AUGCAGAUCAAGUUACCUACCGAGAUUCAAAGAGCUUGUAUUCCUCCUAUUCUUGCAGGCAAGGAUGUUAUUGGUGGCGCAAAGACUGGUUCAGGAAAAACUGCUGCAUUUGCUUUACCAAUGUUGCAAAAAUUAUCAGAGGAUCCAUAUGGUGUAUUCGGCCUUGUGUUGACACCCACAAGAGAGUUAGCCUUCCAGAUUGCAGAACAAUUUAGAGUUCUUGGAAAGAACAUUGGAUUAAAAGAGUGUGUAGUUGUAGGUGGAUUGGAUAUGAUGAAGCAGUCUUUGGAAUUAGCAAGACGUCCUCACAUUAUUAUCGCUACACCCGGUCGAUUGAGAGACCAUAUCCGAAGCAGCUCUGGAGCAGUCAACUUGUCUCGUGUCAAAUUCCUUGUGAUGGAUGAAGCCGAUCGCUUGCUUUCACCAACCUUUGCACCCGAUCUGGGUCACAUCUUACCUCACCUUCCCAAGAACCGUCAGACCCUCUUGUUUACCGCCACAAUGACUGAGUCGAUCCUAGCUCUCAGAGACGCUGAAGAAGACGAAAAAAAGAAGCCAUUUGUCCACAUGUGCUCAAUGGAUGUCUCGACUGUUUCAACCCUAGAACAGCUCUAUGUGUUUGUGCCUUCACAGGUCAAGACGGUCUACUUGGCCCACAUUCUGCGAUCCCCAGAUUUUGCCGAAAAAUCGGUAAUCAUCUUCUGCGGUCGAUGCUCAACUGCAGAGUUGAUCACAGUCAUGCUCAAAGAACUCGGGAUCAGAUGCACGGCCCUACACUCCGAAAUGACACAGCAGCAGAGAUUAGAUUCGCUCGGUAAAUUCAGAGCAGAGGUUAUCAAGGUGCUGGUGUCUACCGAUGUAGGAAGUCGUGGUCUGGAUAUCCCAUCUGUAGAGCUGGUGUUGAAUUACGAUAUUCCCCGAGACCCAACAGACUAUAUUCAUCGUGUCGGUCGUACCGCAAGAGCCGGUCGUGGCGGUAAAGCACUGUCGAUUGUGUCCGAAAAAGAUGUCCAGCUUAUCCAGAGCAUCGAAGAAAGAAUCAACAAAAAGAUGGAGGAGUACAAGAUUGAAGACAAUGAUAUCGUUGAAGAGCUUAACGAAGUCACAGCAGCAAAACGGUCUGCAAGCAUGCAUCUCCACGAUGCGCACUUUGGAGAGAAACGAAAUGCUCGCAAGAAGAAGAAGAUGACCAAUACCGAAAGCACUGCAUAA